GCGGUGAGCCUGGCGCCAGCGCGUAGUUGGCGCUUCGGCUCUGCGCCUCCCUCUCUCCGCGCUUUGAGCUUGCUGCUGCUCGGGGGCUUGUGCUGCCCCGUCUCCCUUUUCGGGCGAUGGUGCUGCCCGAGGGCGCCUCCAUCCCCCGCCGCCGCUGACCCCGGUCCCCCACUCCAUGGCCGCCUCGGCGCCGCCCCCACCGGACAAGCUGGAGGGAGGUGGCGGCCCCGCACCGCCCCCUGCGCCGCCCAGCACCGGGAGGAAGCAGGGCAAGGCCGGUCUGCAAAUGAAGAGCCCAGAAAAGAAGCGAAGGAAGUCAAAUACUCAGGGCCCUGCGUACUCACAUCUGACAGAGUUUGCACCACCCCCGACUCCCAUGGUGGAUCACCUGGUUGCAUCCAACCCUUUUGAAGAUGACUUUGGAACUCCUAAAGUGGGAGGCGCAGCUCCUCCAUUCCUUGGUAGUCCUGUGCCCUUUGGAGGCUUUCGUGUGCAGGGGGGCAUGGCAGGCCAGGUACCCCCAGGCUACAGUACUGGAGGUGGAGGGGGUCCCCAGCCACUUCGUCGACAGCCUCCCCCUUUCCCUCCCAACCCUAUGGGCCCUGCUUUCAACAUGCCCCCGCAGGGCCCAGGCUACCCACCCCCAGGCAACAUGAACUUUCCUAGCCAGCCCUUCAACCAGCCUCUGGGUCAAAAUUUUAGCCCUCCUGGUGGACAGAUGAUGCCAGGCCCAGUGGGGGGAUUUGGCCCCAUGAUCUCACCCACCAUGGGACAGCCUCCCAGAGGGGAUCUGGGUCCCCCUUCUCUCCCCCAACGUUUUGCCCAGCCAGGGGCUCCUUUCGGCCCUUCUCCUCUCCAGAGACCUGGUCAGGGGCUCCCCAGCCUGCCCCCCAAUACAAGUCCCUUCCCUGGUCCAGACCCUGGCUUUCCUGGUCCUGGUGGUGAGGACGGGGGGAAGCCGUUGAAUCCACCUGCUCCUACUGCUUUUCCCCAGGAGCCCCACUCAGGCUCCCCGGCUGCUGCUGUUAACGGGAACCAGCCUAGUUUCCCCCCAAACAGCAGUGGGCGGGGUGGGGGUACUCCGGAUGCCAACAGCCUGGCACCCCCUGCCAAGGCAGGUGGGGGUUCUGGACCUCAGCCUCCCCCAGGCCUGGUGUACCCAUGUGGUGCCUGUCGGAGUGAGGUGAAUGAUGACCAGGAUGCCAUUCUUUGUGAGGCCUCCUGCCAGAAGUGGUUCCACCGCGAGUGCACAGGCAUGACUGAGAGUGCCUAUGGGCUGCUGACCACUGAGGCCUCUGCCGUCUGGGCCUGCGAUCUCUGCCUCAAGACCAAGGAGAUCCAAUCUGUCUACAUCCGCGAGGGCAUGGGGCAGUUGGUGGCUGCUAACGAUGGGUGAUACUGGCAAGGUGGCCCAGGGAAGUGCAUACGUCCCUCCCUGCUCUUCUAGGGUGAUUGUUUCCAUGUCUGGCUCUUGGUCCUUGUUUCCACUGGCUUCCCAUCCCCAUGGGGCAGCAAAGGAACUGAAGUGGGCAGGCAGAAGAGCCUGGAUCGCUCACUUUUUUGGAAACUUACACGUUGAGAUCUACAGAGAUCCAGGAAACCAAAGCCCUGCUGAGCAGAGCCAUUUUUUUGUGGCUAUCUCUGGAGGUCUAGGGGUGUGGCUACAAGAGUAAAGGGGCUGGAAGAAGAUCCGGAGGGCAGGGGUAUCCCCUCUGCAGAUGAUGGAUGCCCCAACACCUGUGCCUAACACCCCUAUCUAGCCCCACAGCUCCAGCCUUAGUUUUUGGAGUUAAGUGCUAAAGGUUUCUGGUCAGAGGAGUUGGGGUCUCUUCCCAAGUCCUGCAAUAGCCCUUUUAUGGGCUCCGGGAAACAGCUUUAGGGAAUAAAUGGGAAUUUUCUCCUUUUUCUAACUUCCCUUUGCCUCCUCCAAGAUCUACCCAACUCUUCCCCCCUCAGAGAACCAAAUAACUUGAAAAAGCAGGAGAGUUCCUGGCAGUGGCAGUUUCCUGGUGAUUUGGGGCUUCAAGACAGUAAGAGAUGCUGUUAGGACAUAUCUUCCUCAUACCAAAGUCACUGGUCCUUUCUCAGCCUCUCGUGCUUUUCUCCUAAUAACCAUAUUUUUGCCAAAAAUUGGGAUGUGUGGUCUGCCAGAAUAUUAAAGACCAGAAUAUUUGAAGUUUGGGCUGUCCUGCAAGUCUGGGCUGUGGUUUACAACUCUCCCGCCCUCCUUGUCCAUAUGUUGCACAUUAUACUCAGCGCUGUUCUUCACCUUUUGGCGCGCUUAUGCCCCCGCCUCUCUGGCUUGAUUGAAGGAAAGUUUGAAAAGGCGCAGUCUUUAUACCUCAUUCCCUCUCCUGAUAAAAGGCUCCAAGUGAGGUCUCAUCACAGCCUUGUGGGUAAGGGGAGGCGGCGGGAUCCUCAUUGCUGUGGUACUAAAAAGAAGAGCCUGGAGUUUUUUGCUUUUCUCCUUCCUUAUUCUUGUCAUCUCUGGCCUGUGAUGUAGCAAUUCUCGUUCCUCUUAGCCAAAGUCCUGCACUGGGCUUUAUUUUUUUUUUAGUUUUUAAGCACUGCCUGCCAGAGAUGGGCCUGGGGGCUGGUCAGGAGCCCCUCACAGCUGCUUUUUCCUUAUGGCUCUGUACACAUUCCUGAAUGCUGUGAGGAAGGCAGGCAUGGGAUGUGGCCCUCUUCAGAGAAGGUAGUGGUCCCUCAGCAGGAGGGGUGGUGGCAAAGACCUACCCUCUCUGGUCCCCUACCUUGCUUUUCUCAGUUUCCUGGCACAUGGAGAGAAGACACUGCCUGGUGUAGCCAACGGCUUUUGAGGCUGUGAGAAAGGAGAAUGGGCCUCUAGCUUCUUUCUUCUAGUGUUCCACACUAAAAGAGCACAGAUGACCCCCCACCACCCAACUUUGUGUUGUGUUUGUGGUUCUGUUUGCCCUUUUUAUCUGUUGCUAUUUUUGUGUUGUCUCCCUCCCACUGUGUUUUGUAAAAUGGCUCCUGGGGGGAGUGUCUGCUCGAUCUGUUCCCUCACCCUCUCCACUACAUUUUGGAAGCAAGUGGUGGCAGAGAUGUGGUGGUGGGGGUCUUUUGUACGGUUGGAUUAAUAA